UUCCUCAAUCCUCUUUCGUUGAUCAUAUAGAAAUGUGAGCAAUGUGACAUCCUGGGACCAACUUCUCAGGUCAUCCGUUCCACAUUAAUCACUUCAUGCCCGUGCCCUUGAUCGUUUGCGGUCCUGGAGCGAAUGCGGCCAUGGUUUGGCAACCCUACCACGACGAGGAGUUCGUCUUUCAACCCGGAGAGAUAUUGCUCUUGAAGAAGGCUCAGGGCCAGGUACAAACGGGCAUUCGGGAUUUCUUCAAUGUGCAGCUCCGAGAUUGGAAGACAUUGGAUGUUCUCCACAAGCCUGCACAGUAUCGACGUACUCUCAAGUUUUCCUACUACUUCCAUUGCGAUGCUUGCCAUUGCGAGAUGACCGGACACCUCCUCCAACUCCGAAGUCAUUGUCAAGGAUUCGCACAUCAGGCCAACACCCUGAAGAUGGCCAAUCAUGGGUCGUAUCGAAUGGAUUACAAGCUCUUCAGUCUCGACGAUCUCCUACAGACUGUAGAUGAGCGCGAGCCCGUUUUAGGCUUGAAAUUCAUUACCCAAGUCAAAGAGGAUCCGUUUCAGUUGGACGCUUUGUACGAUUGUUCAAUUUGUCCCGGCUUUGUGGGUAAUGCCGCCAUCACUCGGAACCAUUUGGUGUCGUUGGAUCAUCAUCGGAAUUACUUUAUAAGCGAGUACCAAACCAAGUUCACGUAUGUCAUGGAACAGAUCGAAGAGUCCCGUUUGGAAUACUCGGUACUCAAGCCCUCUCAAUCGGAGAUUGGCUCCGCUGUCGAUAAACAUCGGUAUCACUUGAUGGAGCAGAGGGAGAUCAAAGAGCUGCCCAACCAGCGACAUUUGUUCAAAUUUUGGAGCACGUUUGAAAAUGUUCCCAUUCCUAUUUCCACCGUUUCGGAUGAUUUGUCUUCCACCCUGGUUUCGGCACAAGUCCAUGGGAUGAAAACUGAACCCCAGUCUUCCGAAGAGAUCAAGGUGGAAUUUGAGACCCGAACGAGAGGCCCUUCAUUCUCGACGCCCCGCUAUCAAGUCUCGUCUUCUACCCUGAAUCCCAUCGAAAAAUUCCAUUUGGAUAUUGCCAAUAUCGUCAAGCGAGCCUUGAACCCUUAUUACUUGCCGAGUUGUAAGGAUUUCCGAAGGAAGAUUGCCACUGCCGAAGAAUACGGCGAACUCGCCCGUCAAUACUCUCACACGUUCCGAAACCAAUGGAAGGAAUCUCAUGAGGCACUAGGCCUCAAUCCAAUGUCGAUUCAAGUCAACGGGGACAUUGAACUCAGCGUGAAAUUGUUGGUCGACAUGGAUAUGGAGAAGAAGCCAGACCUUGACCCACCUUGUCAGAAUAAUGAAACUGUCUCAAAACCUCAAGAAUGAAUGCAACUCUAUUGAAAUGA